UGGAUUUGAAAUUAAGGUAAAUGGAUCGAGAUGAAAGUAACAAAAAUAAGGAAGUCGUGGAAAUCGAGGCUGAGAAUUACCGAUUGAAAAUAAGAGGACGCUACAGGAGAGUUGUGUUUAAUAUUCGCGGAGCUACUAAAACAAGCGUGGAGUAUAACAAAGAACAAGGCGAACUAAAAGCGACAGCAAGUGCAGCGCCAAUAUUUGUUCCAGGACAAAUGUUUGAAAUUCCAGCAACCAACGCCGAUGAACCAGACACAGAAACUUUAAGAUUUGUUCCAGGACAGAUGUUGGAAAUUCCAGCAACCAACGCCGAUGAACCAGACACAGAAACUUUAAGAUUUGUUCCAGGACAGAUGUUUGAAAUUCCAGCAACCAACGCCGAUGAACCAGACACAGAAACACAUUUAAUCAGUUUUAUGCAGAACGCACCCUCGUUUGAUUCUGCUCAAAAUCAAGUUCCAACUUCAUUAAAAGGACCAGAAAUGAUUUUCGAUUCACCGGGUAAAAAUGUAAAAGUUUUGGAUUUAUUUAAACCGCCCAACGUUUCUACCUCUGAAUCUACAAUGUCAUCCAUAGAUAAGUUGGAUGGUGAAACAUUCAGUCAGGAACCAUCUACCGUCGAAGCUGAAGCAAUUCAACAUGCAAAAACCUUUGUUUCAUCAAUAGUUGGAACAUCCAGCGCCGAACCACCCAACAUAGCUAGAUAUACAACCAACGAUACCAUUACACCUAGAAUAAGUGCCCCGUUGAAUCGCGCUGACAACAAAAUGCCAUCUAUGGUGAAAAGUCACAAUCCUAAAAGUUCCGCUGAAACACAAAUGCUGACAUUGCCCGCAACCGGUCGGGUUAAAUCGACCAUUGCAAAGUUUCAAGCUUCUCCUACCACUGAGGGUAACAAGUCUCAAGGCAAGAGCAUACCAACAUCUACAGGAGCGGGAACAUCCAUCACCAAAGACAACACAUCUAUGUUUGAAAAACCGGACGAACAAAAAAUGAAACUGAACAUCGCAUUUUUAUCUUAAUUCAACUUUAUUCUUCAACUCUGUUAUUAACUUAUGUAGUUUUUUAGUUGCGGGUUAAUUAUGCGCAACUGUCAGCUGGCGAAUAAUUUAUUUACCAUGAAGAACGACGUAAAUAUAAUUUAUUAUAUGAAACUUAGUGUUCGCAUGACAUGAUAUACAGGUUGUACAAUUUUUAAACGUAUUUUACUUAUAAGACAUACUAUAGUAGAGUGGGGGAAGAUAGGACACCUUGAGUACAAAAUAUUUAAGUAUCCUGAUCGUGUUUUAAA